UACAGCAUUACAACAGGCUUGAAUCACUAAACAAACAAUUGAACAAACACUCAACUGAAUAAUGAAAACAAAAGUUAAUAAAACUGAACCACAAGUUAAAAGUAGGACCAAACCGUAGUGCCAGGUCCUUGAUGUGAAAAAGUUUGAGAACCACUGGUGUACUCUAUUUGUGAAAACUGAAAAUAUGUGGUCUAAUUUGGUCUGGAUGGGAUAAAAAGUAGUAAAAUCUCCCUUUUUCAGUUUCCACAAAUAAAAUAAGGUUUCACAAAUCGGAAACUGUUUUAAUGAAUCUUUGGAGUCAUUUGACAAGACUAAGUGUGUGGUUUUUGAUCUGGAUGGGAAAAAGCAGUGAAAUUACCCUCUUUUCUGUUUUCAUAAGCUAAGUAAAGGUCUCAUAAAUCUGAAACUUUUUAAACAGCGUUAAGGCUUUUGCUACGUUGUUCAACAUACUUUCACAAGAGUAAGCGGUGGAAAAAAAACUGAGAAUCAGCCACUAAAUAUCAUAUUUAUCUGAAGAUAACUUCAGCUUCUUCCUCCUUAAGCCAGUUUGCCGCGAAGUUUAGCUAAUGUGUCCAAACACUGAAGAUGCUCAGAGAAAUACAGCAGGUGCUGCGGUUGGUCAUGAUUUUGAGAAAGCAAAGACAACAGCAGGGUGUGAAGACUGCUGGGGGGCUUUUGGUGCUGCUAUGGCCUGAAACAGCAGCUCCAGUUCAAAGCCUGAACUGCACUGUUGCAGCUGCUGGUCCAUGGUGCACGGGGAUUAAAAUGGAAGCACUCCAAGCUGUCCUCACAGACUUGAAGGAGAGCAUCAUGUUUCCCUGUGCAGGGCCGUGUCCUGAACCUGACCCUGAGGAGCUGUGUGCCUUCACUGAUCUGCACGGUUCCCUCAGAUUACUGCUGUCCUUUCAGGUACAAACAACAAUGAAGGAUGCAAGACUUGUCGGUCCAGAUUGGCAGCCUCAUAUUGAAGCUUUCCUGCACACAUUCAGUUUAGCUAACGCCGGGAUCAGAAUACACCUCAAAUCCAAAUUCAAUCAGCAGACCAUCCAGCAAGAAUUUAGAGUGAAUAUCAAAAGUAAAGUUGCUCGUGCAGUCCAGCCAUCACUGCUCUUGGAUGUCACCAGCAGUACACAUCCCCCGGUGCAUGUGAAGAAAGGAAACUGGUGUCAGGGAGGUCAUCCUGUUCUUGGAGGCAGGUUUCCACUAAGUAUCCCACCAGAAGCCAUGGACCGAGGCCUGUACGGAGAGCUGAGCGUCCAGUUUGUCACACUUCUGAGCCCUUGCGUGCAGCAGUACCCUAAUCUGGCAACGCGGCUCACUGAAAUACAAGUGUUGGUAUACAGCCCCAGUAAUGUUCCUGUAACUGGCCCCUCCGCCUUCUUCCAGAACCUCCCUGCUCAUCUGGACUGUCAGGAACUGGGCCUGCAGGGCCUUCACUGCUCCUCCUUCACAGAUCUUGCCCAUAGCAGCGGCAUUGUGUACACAGUAGAACAAGAAAACUGUGAGGAGCCACAGCGAGAAUCAAAUCUUCUCCCCAUGAAACAGAAGCUCUUGAUUUUCCUCUUCCUGCAGCACAGCGACUCCUUCAUCUCCCAGCUCUCUGAUAUUAUGGCUACUGAGGCACUGAUAGAGCACCACCUGGAGGAUAUUCUGAACAACAACAGCCGAGCGGUCACAACAGCACUUCAGACUGAGCUGAAGAACACACUGAAAUCCCAAAAUCACAGAAAUAAGGACCAAGAGAAGCUGCGAUCAGCUGUUGAAGUGAUUCUCAGUUCGUCCAUUGGUAUCGUGAGCUGCAGCAGUAACAUGGACUUCAGAAAUGCCUGCCUGAACAGCAUGAAGGUGCCUGACACUCAUGAACUGUCGGCCUCCCUCCGUGAAUCACUGAGGACGGUGACAUCAUGGAAAUUCAUUCCCAAGGGCAGGUGUCACACUGUUCAGAUGGAAGAGCAUCCUGAGAGUGAUGAAGAGCCCACAAGAACAGAAAUCUGAGAACGUUGUGUGUUUUAAAAGAGUUCUUUUUCUGGUUGAAAGCUGUUAAUAUAAUAAUAUAAUAUAUCUGCAAUUUAAGGCAGGUAGCAAUGCAUUUAGGAAUUGUGCUGAGAAUAGAAAUAUCUAUUUAACUUUUAAUUUUAGACAAAAUACAUCUUUUUCAUUAUAGUUUGUGUGUUACAGUAGAUAUCAUUGCUUUAACAUAGUUUUAAGACCAACAUUGAACUGCAGUUUUGGAUUUUUUUUGACAUAAUCCUGUGUUGAUACCCCUAAAUAAACAAUGUGGUACAAUAA